AUGACAUCAAAGGAGGACGCGAAAUGCGCUGCCGUUGAAGAGAGAAGGCGAAGUCCGUUGGAUCAUCUUCCGCCGCCAGCAAAUUCCAACAAACCGCUCACGCCAUUCAGCAUCGAGGACAUUCUCAACAAACCCUCGGUCAAGCGAAGUUAUACAAUUUGCGGGACAGCGCACCUUAUUUCCUCGGCAGAAAAACACCCUCCACCGGGUCUUCCCCUGUCCAGUCGGCCACUUCUCUCCCAGACGUCUCCACUUUGCGCCCUGGAGGAGCUAGCCAGCAAAACCUUCAAAGGACUAGAAGUGAGUGUUCUUCAGGCGGCUGAAGGGAGGGACGGAAUGACUUUGUUUGGUCAACGGAACACUCCAAAAAAGCGAAGGAAGUCAAGAACGGCGUUCACUAAUCAUCAGAUCUAUGAACUUGAAAAAAGAUUUCUAUACCAGAAAUACUUGUCUCCUGCUGACCGAGAUCAAAUCGCCCAGCAACUGGGGUUAACGAAUGCCCAAGUCAUCACAUGGUUUCAAAACCGCCGAGCCAAACUCAAGCGUGAUUUGGAAGAAAUGAAAGCCGACGUGGAGUCGGCCAAGGCGCUGGGUUCAGUACCUUUGGAGAAAAUGGCCAAACUGGCUGACCUCGAGAAAUGCGCCAACGGAACACUGGGACGUCCGAGGUCCGAGUCGCCGACGCUAUCUAGCCAUGAGCAGGACAUCUCGAACAAACUGCGGUUGUCUCCGCUGUCCCCAUAUACUGACAACACAACAAGUAAAGAAUGUUCGGAGGACGAGGACGAGGACGUGGAAAUUGAUGUCGACGACUGA